GUUCUAAUAAUUUUUUUUUAAUUUUUCUUAAAUUAGAAAAUAAUUGGUUUCGCAUUAAUUUCUAUUAUAUAAAUUGCGAAUCUAUUAUUUAAUUAUUUAAAUUUUAUUAGUGUCAUUACAAUUUAUAUGUUUCAUUUUUUACGUUUUAAUAUUUUUUUUUACAUUCCAUUGACUAGAAGGACAUUCAGUUUGUUACAAUAAAUAAUUGAACAAUUUGUUCAUAGCAAUUCAUAAUUACAUUUGAGUAAUAGGAAAUUGCAAAGGAAUUUAAAAAAUGUAAUGGUUACAACGUAAGAGAUGCUCGUCGAUUUUGUUGCUCUAUCAAUUCAAACACAGCAACAAGUCGUUCGAGUUACAUAUACUUAAAAUAAAUGUAAUCAAUUUUAUCUAGCUUUUUAUGAAUGGAUUUGAAGAAUUUGAUCCAGAGACAUAGUCGUAAGAUUUUGAAUAGAAUAAGCAUGGAUUUAAUGUUAGAAGCUUACUUAACUCAUGAAUCGAGUUUAUUGGAGUUAGAAGAUAUACCACAAACAGUUGAGCCUGUUUGGAUAUUAGGAAAAAAAUAUAGUGCAAUUAUUGAUAUACAACAGAUUCGAAAUGAUAUUCAAUCUAGAUUAUGGUUUACUUAUAGAAAAGGUUUUUUACAAAUUGGAAAUUCAAAUUUUACAUCUGAUAGAGGUUGGGGUUGUAUGUUGAGAUGUGGUCAGAUGGUUAUUGGUCAAGCCUUAAUAUUUUUACACCUUGGACGAGAUUGGCGUUGGAAUCCUGAUAAAAGAGAUAUUGACUAUUUAAAAAUAUUGAGAAUGUUUGAAGAUAAAAGAUCUGCGCCUUAUUCAAUUCAUCAAAUUGCCUUAACAGGAGUUUCUCAUGGUAAACAAAUUGGAGAAUGGUUUGGUCCAAACACAAUUGCUCAAGUUUUAAAAAAACUAGCCUCUUUAGAUGAGUGGAGUUCAAUUGUUUUUCAUGUAGCAUUAGAUAAUACACUAGUCAUUAAUGAAGUCCUUAAACUCUGUAAUACAACAGACCAUGUUAAUAAAGCUUGUUUAAAUAAAAAAAACUGGAAACCAUUAGUUUUGGUUAUACCAUUGAGACUUGGAAUAAGCACAAUUAAUCCAGCAUACAUAAAAGGUGUUAAAAUGUGUUUUACAUUUCCUCAAUCUCUAGGAAUAAUUGGUGGUAGACCAAAUCAUGCAUUGUAUUUCAUAGGAUUUGUAGGUAAUGAUGUGAUAUUUUUGGAUCCUCAUACAACUCAACAAAUAGGAAUGCUGCCCAAUAAAGACAUCGAAACUGAUCUUAAAAUUGAUAACUCAUAUCACUGUCAACAAGUUAAUAGACUUCCAAUACUGAACAUGGAUCCAUCUCUUGCAGCAUGUUUUUUAUGUAAAACAGAAGAUGAUUUUCAUUUACUUUGUCAUGAAUUAAAAGUUCAUUUAGUGCAAUCUGACCAAGCAUCACAAUCACUAAUAACAAUAUGCGAUGAUAGACCAAUUGAUUGGACUUUAGAUAGUUCUUCUAAUUUAUCAACAUUGACUACUUCUUAUGAGGCUGUAACUGUAUCAUUAUCUAAUUUGGAGCUGAAUGAUAAAAAACUGCAAGUAGAUUCAGAUGAUGAUUUUGAAAUAUUGUGAUAUAAAAAUUUUUGUAAGUUCAUGUUUUAGACUAAAUUUUAGUCAUUCAUUUGUUAGUUACUGGAUUAUAGUAUUAUUUCAUUAACAUAUGACAGUUUAAAUAAAUGUAAAAAAAGUAUGCCUAUUUUAAUGCAGCUAAAAUAAAUUCUGACUAAAUGUUAUAAUUCAUUAUUUAUAUUUUGUUAAGUUGAACUAUCUACAUAAACAUUGAGAUUUCAAUUCUUAAUGAAUGUUAACCUUCUAUAAUGAAUUUACUUAUUAAUUUGUAAAAAAAAAAUUAAAACAUAUCCCCAUCAUGUGUUCUGAAUUUAAUUUUCGUUAUUACUGUGAAAUUAUAAAAUAUUUUUAUAAUUUAGUAUAAUCCUAGUCUCUUUCUAUUAACUUAAUAAUUUUUUUUUAAACAUUGUUUACAAUUAAAAAAGAUUAUUGCUGU